AUGAAGACAUCCCGGGCGUGGGCUUGGGGGCCGCCUGCCCAGCUCGCUCUUCUCUCUGCCGCCCUGGCUUGUCUCGGUUUGCCUGGCUCCGGAGGUGAAAGGCCACCCUCUCUGGAGUCAAAUGCAGUCAAUGAGAGCCUUGCCAAGAGCAGGCAGACACGGGGUGUGGAUGUCACCUUGAUGCCUAUUAAUUGUGAAUUGUCCAGCUGGUCCUCCUGGACCAGGUGUGAUCCCUGUCAGAAGAAAAGGUACAGACACGCCGUCUUGCUCCGACCCUCGCAGUUCCACGGGGACCCGUGCAACAACCCUGACAAGGAAGCCGAAGACUGCGUGACCAACGCACCGUGCAGAAGUCAAGUGCGGUGCGAAGGCUUCGUGUGUGCACAGACAGGAAGGUGUGUGAACCGCAGACUUCUUUGCAAUGGGGACAAUGACUGUGGGGACCAGUCAGAUGAGGCAAACUGUAGAAGGAUUUAUAAAAAGUGUCAGCAGGAAAUGGACCAGUACUGGGCAAUUGGCAAUCUGGCCAGUGGGGUUAACUUGUUCACAAACAGUUUCGAGGGCCCGGUUCUCGAUCACAGGUAUUACGGCGGUGCAUGCUCCCCCCAUUUCAUAUUGAACACGAGGUUUCGGAAGCCAUACAACGUGGAAAGCUUCACCCCACAGACCCAAGGCAAAUAUGAAUUUGCGCUGAUAGAAUAUGAAUCCUACUCAGAUUUUGAAAGUAACGUCACAAACAUGGAAAGAAGCCAGUCGAGUUUCAGCUUUGGUUUUUCAAUACCUAAGGUCUUUGAACUUGGUGUGAACAUGCAAACCGAUAAUGGCCAACGCUUUGUCAAAAGAAUCAAAAGAUUCUCUCAUACUAGAAGCAAAUUCCUGCACGCGCGCUCCGACCUGGUCGUGGCGCGCUACGCGCUGAAGUCCCGGGGCCGCAUGCUGCACCACGAGUUCCUGCAGCGCCUGCGCCGGCUGCCGCUCGAGUUCGGCUACGCGGAGUACCGCGACCUCUUCCGCGACUUCGGGACCCACUUCGUCACCGAGGCCGUGCUCGGGGGCGUUUAUGAAUACACGCUUGUUGUGGACCAAGAGGCCCUGGAGAAAUCAGAUUUUUCUCUCAAGGAUGUUCACGACUGUGCCAAAGCAGGUUUCAGAGUCGGCGCUGCCUUUAAAGCCUUGUACCUGAGGCUUGGUGUGUCGAUGGAGCAGUGCGAGGCUAUUCUGAAGGAGAUGAGUGACAGAAAGAAGAAAAACAGUAUCAUAGAGGACUUGGUGGUCCGUGUGCGAGGAGGAGCAAGUGAGUACGUCACCGCCCUGGCGUACAAGGACCUGCCGACAGCGGACCUGAUGCAGGAGUGGGGCGAUGCCGUGCAGUACAACCCGGACAUCAUCAAGAUUAAGGCAGAGCCCCUGUAUGAGCUGGUGACCUCCGCCGACGUCGCCUACUCCAGCACGGUGAAGCAGCACAUGAAGCGGGCCCUGGAGGAGUUCCAGAAGGAAGUCAGCUCCUGCCUCUGUGCUCCCUGCCUAGGCAAUGGAGUCCCUGUCCUGAAAGGAUCACGCUGUGACUGCAUCUGUCCUAAUGGGUUUCAAGGCCAAGGCUGUGAGAUCACCCUCCGGAAAAAUGUCCCCACUGAUGGGCAGUGGAAUUGCUGGUCAAGCUGGUCUCCAUGUUCUGGAGGACAUAAAACAAGACAGAGGCAGUGCAACAACCCACCUCCUCAAAACGGGGGCAGCCCCUGCUCCGGCCCUGCUUCAGAAACACGGACCUGCUAAGGAGGAGAGGGCUCCUAGCUGGCGGCACUGAGGUGGGGGCCGCACACGGUGACACUGCCACGCCCUGGAGCUCAGGCAGC